GAGAUGCGUAUGGAGACUUCACAUCAUAAGCGGCAUGAGAUAACUGGUGCGCGUAAAUGAGCGUCACGGUACUUACCUUUUGUAUACAUCAUGUGCACUCGAUGAUGUCGAAGCCGAAGAGCGACCACAGCUCAAUAAUACGUAUUGCAAUUGGUGCGCGUCCAUAAUAUUUUUUGGCAGAUACUCUAAAGAAUGUUUGGAUCUACAAGGGUACUUGAGGAAUUUUAUAAAAGGAGACGGCGACGACUGUUAUUUUCUCUGGUAUAUCCUCAACCUCUUGUCACAUCGCCAUCUCUACCACAUCCAUCACAAUGUUUUGGUCAACAAAAUCCAGCGUUGCAGUACCGGCAGCUUUCAUGCUGCUCGGAAGCGUCAAUGCCCAAACCCCAAUCAUGGGCUACAACAGUUACAAUGAUGUGGCCUGCUCGCCCAACGAGACCAUGAUCCACAACACAAUCCAGUCAAUGUCGGAUAAGGGUUUCCUCGGCAAGGGUUACAAAUUCUUCCAAAUCGAUUGCGGAUGGCAGGGAUUUAACCGUCUCUCAAAUGGCUCGAUCACCUACGAUAGCUCUCGCUUCCCCAAUGGUAUCUCACCAUUGAGUAAGUUCGCAAUUAGUUUGGGAUUCAAGUGGAGCAUGUAUACGGAUCAGGGUGUAUACUCUUGCGAUACCAACUAUAACCCUCAUCGACCGGGAUCACUCGGUUAUGAGACCCAAGAUGCUGCCAUGUUCGCUGCGUGGAACACGGCAUAUGUUAAGGUGGACAACUGCUUCGUGGACCCCAACAACAAUGCUCCCAAGGACCCACGUACCGAUUUCCCCUCCAGAUACGCAACAAUGUGGAACGCUUUGAAGAACGUAGGCAUUCCCAACAUGCUCAUCUGCCAAUGGGGUGUUCCAUACCAGAACACAGCGACAAACACUCUUCAAGGUCCAACUGCAUGGGCACCAGCAGUUUCCACCUCGUUCCGAAUCUCGGACGACAUCGCGCAAGGAUGGUCACAGACUCUCCGUAUCUACAACCAAGCCAUCCACGCCGCUCUCAAGAACCUCGUCGGUCCUAAUAAAUUCGCCGAUAUGGAUUUGCUUGAGGUGGGGAAUCCAGGCAUGACUGUCGAUGAGCAGAAGACUCAUUUCGCCGUCUGGGCAGCUUUCAAGUCUGCUUUGAUGAUCUCUACCCCUGUCCCAAGUAUGUCGGCACAGACUGCUGCCAUUCUGGGAAACCAGGAUUUGAUCGCCGUGAACCAGGAUGCGCUUGGACUGCCAGUCAAGCUCGUCCAGCGUUUCUCUAACAACUACGAUAUCUUCCUCGGCCCACUUGCAGACGGUAGCAAGGUCCUGUUGAUCGUUGAUCACUCCAACACCGCACGAACCAUCUCCGUCCCAUUGAGCGCUGUUGGAAUCAACUCAGCCAGCGCCAGAGAUCUCUGGGCUGGAUCCAACCUCGGAACUGUUACAUCGGUAAGCCAGAAUGUUCCAGCUCACGGAUCGAUGGUCUACAGACUUUCUGCUAUCCAAUCGGCCUCGACAACGACACCAACGUACCAAACUAUUGAAGCCGAGGCUGGAACCCUUGCAAAUGGUGCAGCUAUCGCAAACUGUGCUGGAUGCUCUGGUGGCAAGAAGGUCGGCAAUCUCUUGGAUGGAUCAACUGCGUCUUUGACCUUCACGGGUGUCAAGGCUUCUCAGGGAACUGUUGAUGUGCUGUUCGAUUACAUCAACUGCGAGGUGCAGUACCUUGGCUCGAGCGUCCCCAACGUGCGAACGGCAAGCAUCAGUGUCAACGGAGGUGCCGGUGUGACGGUUCUGUUCCCAUUGUCUGGUUAUGAUUGGUAUGGAGAUGUUCUUCCUGCCUACAAAGUGCGGUUGAGUGGAUUCACCAGUGGCAGCUCGAACACCAUCAAGAUCCAGAGCUUGUCUGGACAAGGCAACGCCCCUGAUAUUGAUCGUAUUCAAGUUCCGCAGUAAUGGAUUGGAGUAAGAGCAGUGUCUAUGAGGACUACGAUUUAACGGAAAUUCGAUGUAAAUAUUGCAUAUUUGUAUAUACUGUUCUGAGGAGAGCCAAAGGGAGCUGGAUUGGCCUCGCCUAACGCUUGGCAAACAAAGGGGAUACUUGAGGUUAUGACGAGCUUUAGCCACAAUCUCAGAAAACAUUACGAUG